AUGCAGCAUUCAUUUGUACUUGCCUCCAAGACAAAAGUUUCCACCCUCCCUCCUUUGUACUAUAUGCUCAGAUCACACUGCAAAACUCUUGUUGCUGGAAGGAUUGGAACAAUUAGCUCCUCCUUGUUCUCUUUAGUAUCAGUUAGCAACAAGCCCAUCUUUGGACAGAAGGAGGGGGCCCAUCAGACUGCCUCACUCCUGUCUCCUAUUACCAGCCCUGCUGUUUACUUUAGCUGUAGUCCUGGCACUAAGCACAUGCUGCUUCCUAACAAUAGGACACGUCGUCGACUAUUGGCCAGAGCAUCACAAGCGCAUGGAACUGUAACCCGAGCUGUUUCCAGCAACCUCUUCACUUUAGAACUCUGGGCAACACUUUAAAAAGAUUACUUUCUCCAUCAGUGAUAGCAGGCUCGCAGCUGCCUCUUUGUAUUCGUUUCAUCCUCAGGAAGGAUCUUUCUUCAGGUCUAAUAUGGGUAUCAAGCUGUCUGUCUUCAACAAUGAAGAGAACAGGGAUGCCAACUCCCAGGUCAUUCCUGCUGAAGAUCCUGAUCCCAACUUCACUUGUGCAGUCUGCCUGCAGGUGUUGGACCAACCAGUGAGGACACGUUGCGGCCAUAUGUAAGUGUAACAUUCAUCAGCCUGUCAGCCUUGCACCAUUAUAAGAUAGCACAUGAAGUGAUUCAUGCACGGUGAUAGAAUGGGUUAAUUUACUGUAAUCUCUAUCAUUUAUAUUUUAACCGAAUAAAGAAUAAACGUUGUCAUAGUAUUGCUGGUUUUAUGUCCACGAUUAUUAUUUGUUUGUAUAAAUGGUGCUAUUAAUAAUACUUUGCCAAUAUUAUCAAGUUUCAGUUGUUAUCUUUUACAUCAAGGUCGAUAUUAUGCCUAAAUUAAAAAAACAAACAAAAAAAAACUGACAGCUUCAAAUAAUAGUAAUGGGAGUUGCAGUCCAACAAGUAGAAACAGCUUGUUCCCUAUCCACACUGCUUUCAGACAUACAAAGUUCAGACUCCUGGGAUAAUAAAUGUCUGGACUGCUUUUCCCUUCUAGCAACAUUAGUUCUAUUAAGCAGAUUUGUUAUGGAAUUACAAGCUUAGUCCUCAGCAUUGUGACAUUUUCUUUGUUCUGACAUACUUUUUUUUCAUUGCUUUCCUCACACAAGAGAAGUUGGUUAACUAUAUCUGUCCCGAGUUAGAUGAACUUGUCUGGCCUGUUUACAAUGUGGCCAUCAACUGAUGGUUAAUAAAUAUAACUAGAAUGGAAAAUGGUGACUGUGAGAUUGUUUGGUCGGCCCCACAUUUCCUCAGCUGGCCACAAUCUCUCUUUGUUGUUGCUUUUCAGCUUUUGAGUUGUCAGGCUGAUACAUUAACUAAAUGUGUCCACUGGCUGGUGGUACAGCUGGCUUCAUUGUUCUUUCUCGAGUAGCAUGUGGCAGUGAACAGUAUAAGACAGGAUCUGCACUUAUAGGGUUAAACCAGGCUGCCAUAUUCUUUGUUCUUAGCAGCUAUUCUCCUGAGUGCACACUCACAGCACUUUGUCCUUAGAUGGGGUUUUCAACCCACUUGCUCAUCUUACUUGCAAACUGUUUGUAUUAUGCACUGACCCUAAAAUUAUUGAAAUGUAGCAUACACAAAAGUGCUUUUGUAGAAUUACUGAUUCUGGAUACAUUUUAAAGAGGCACCACACAAACCCCCUAAUAUAUAUUUUCACAAACUUGGGUGAUCAUUACAAAGAAGUUUGUUAAAGGCACACAAUCUGUUACAGACUAUUGUUUUAACGGGCCUAUAGUUUUGCUUUGUCAGAAUUUUUUGACAAUCUAGAAGUACUAUUAACUUCUUGAGUGUUGUAGGGAUUCACAAUGAUUUCUGCACAUUAUUGGCCCUCAAAAAGCAUAAAAGUAUCAGUUAUCGAGGCUAUAAUGUGGCCAGUGCCUUGUCAUAUACAGUCACCACCAUUCUCCUUUGUGUUUGCAUGUGGCCUGCCUAAUAAGACGUAUUAACUGAAAACACACACUGGUGGCCUAGCAUUUGGAUGUGGCUGCCUUAGUGACCGCAUGAACUAAAUAGACUCAGAAGAAUAAGUGAAAUUUAAAGUUAAUUGAGUUCUGUAAAGUAAUAGUUUAGUUUCAGAAAGUGUAUCGUGCACAAUUGAAAACCAAUGUGCAAUAAUUAGAUCUUCAAAAUUAUAUUUGAAUAGUCAGAUCCAAUGAAAAUAAUACAUUAUACAGAUUACUCACUUUAAACAUUGAAUAAGAAACCUGAAAAAAACAAACCUGUGGACUCUAGAUUGUAAACUAAUGGGCAGGGUUCUCUUCUCCUUUUGUUUCAGUGUGUAUUCUUUUCCCCCUGUAAUACUAAUAUAUCUAUAAUAUACAUACGAGCGUUAUGUAGGAACUGUUAAAUAAUAGUGUUUGGUUUAGUGUUUAGGAUCUGCAUGGAGAUGGUUUCAUACACAAUAGUAGCUCCCUAACUUUAGCAGUGAUAUUAAAAAUUACACAAUAAUGAACAUUACUGUAAUGGUACUGCACUGGUAAAAAAUUCAACAUUUUGAAACAUUUUAAAGGAAUACUCCAAGGACCAUAACCACUAUAGCCCAACUGUAGUGGUUAUGUGCCUAUGUGCCCUGGCAGCUUCCGGAAGUAAUUACUCAAAGUUUUUAGAACGCUUUGGAAACUCACGUGGAUCUCACUGGGUGCUAUCGUCUGUCGCUGCAUCACUGUGCUAAGCAGGGCUGUGGAGGGCCAUGCUCAUUGGUAGAGAGUGUCAGCCGAGUACUUAAGGCCUAUGAGUGCGUUCAGUCCAGACACCUCGCAGGCACAUGAAGGAUCCAGGUAAGUUAUUACACCAAAAUAAAAUGGUUUACAGAUUACUCUGGGAGAGAGCCUUGUGCCCCAAGAUUCCAUUUGGACCUUAUGUAUUUCUGGAUAAGCAAAUCUUAAGUGAGAUUUCCCUUUAAGUGUCUGAUAUUAAACUUUUGAUAUUUAUGGUUUUGGUGAGAAAAAAUGAACACUAUUUGUUAUACUACUAACAGUGAAUUUGUUUAAUUUUAUAAAUUCAGACAGCAGCUAACAGAUUGGUGACCUACAGCUUCCAUUAUUACCAGUUCACAUUAGACGGUCAUGUGUUGUUGCUUUUGUGUGUUGCAGGAAGUUGAAGCAUGUGCAGACAGCUGUUGAGUAACCAUAUGUUUAGGUUUUAUUUUACAUUUCUCCUUGCAGUAGAAUCUCCAGCCUGUAGGAAUUGUUGAAUCUGUUCCAAUUUUCAUUUGAAACAAGAGCUGCAAGUCAAAUGGGCUAAACCUCUUAAAGAAAAAGUGCCUCUGUAUUUUUUACCCUUUCAUGAACAAAUAUAUUCACACGUUUCAUAUUGUUGCAUAAAAAACUCUUUACUUGAAGGAUAGAAAAUUUUGUAGGACACCGAGCAAAAACCCCCCCAAAAACAAUUAUCAAUAAAAUAUAUUUAAACCACUUAGUAGCCCAAAUUCAAACAUAUUAUCAUUAUUAUACCCCUAUAUUUAAUAAAUAUGUCUGUGAGGCCUGGAAAUUAAAUGUAGAUAUCUACACCAUUGACUUUUCCUUUAUCCUGGGACAUAGUGCCUCCAUCUUGUCUCCCUGUCAAUCCUUGUUAUUUACACCUGUUAGCACAGAGGGGGAGAAAUAGAAACAAUUGGGGUUUUGUAUAAAAAGUAGUGUUCUGCAAAGUGUUCUAAAAGUUGGGCAGUCACCAUGGAAACCCACGCAACCAGAAGUCACACUGGAACUAGCAGACAUUUUGCAUCACAAACUUCUCCCCUUUUUCAGAACAGAAUAUAUAUAUAUAUAUAUAUAUAUAUAUAUAUAUAUACAUACAUUUUUAAAAAAAAAACAUUUUUUAAAGAGGCAACCAAUACAAAUGUGGUGUACAAUGAACAUAGAGACAAUCGUAUACAUCAACCUUACACAAAGCAAUUGUAUACAUCUGUGGGAAAAUGUUAAUAAGUACAUUGCCCACAGUCAUGUUUUUGACACAGAGCAUACCCUAAACUCCGAAAAUAAGUUUUUUCUUUUAAUGUAUGAACAUCCGUAAAAGGAAUAAAACAAGGAAGAGAGUAGAAAAAGGCGGAAUGAGGGCGUAGUGGCGCAAUACACCAACAAGGAAUCCAGAUGCUGGCCAAGUGUGUAAAUCUCGCUCAUAGUGCAAAAAACAGCCACUUUUUAUACAUAACCCACAAUAUUCCUCUCAGUUCACAAAACUUAAGUCCAGUUCCCUUGAAGUUUUCUAAACUUGUUGGUCGUACUGUGCAGAAGGGAAAUGAUGUCGUGAACAAUAGCACAGUUUAUUUCCUGACAUGAAACAAUGAUAGUGGGAGAACUGCAUGACUCAUGAUGAUGCCAGGAAAACAAUAUAUAAAAAACUCCCGUGGGGAAUAAGUCGGUUAUUUCACAGCGAGAAUAUGAGAGCACACACUGUUUUCUAAGACUAAAAUUCAUAAAUAAUAGAAAUAGAUAUUUAAUAGAUUUCUGUGGGAAAAGCAAGUCUCAUGGCUUGACUGGUGUGCAGAUUUUUGUUUAGCAUUGUAUUAACUAAGAAAUUGAUAGAUAGUUUCAUAGAUUAUUUGUAAGCAGGGCCAGACUGGGACAAAAAUUCAGCCCGGGCAUUUAAAGGCAGAGCAGCCCUCGGAGGGGGGAUGGCCCAAGAGUGUGCAUGUUGUGUUAUCACCAAUAACAUUCAUGCCUCUCCAAAGUGGGCACAUUUGUUUAAUACCCCUCAGGGCAGUCCACGUAUAGCGUGGUGCUGAUAGGUGAUGUGUGUGUGAGGGGGAGACAAUAGUGGAUGUUGUGUGAGCCCAGAAUGAGAGAUCAAGAGUGUGGAAGGGGGAAAUGGGGCUCCAUGGUGUGAGAAGGGGACAUGCGGCUCCAUGGUGUGAGAAGGGGACAUGGGGCUGCAGGGAGUUGGAAGGGGACAUGGGGCUGCAGGGUUAGAGAUGGUGUAAUGGGGCUUCUGGGUGGGAUGAAGAAAGGGGCUGCAGGGUGUGAGAGGGGACAUGGGGCUGCUGUGUGAGAGGGGGAUAUUAGGCUGCUGAGGGUGAGAGGGAGGACAUUGGGCUGCUGGGUGAGAGGGGUUGCAGGGGCUGCUGGGUGAGAGGGGUUGCAGGGGCUGCUGGGUGAGGGGGGCAGUGGCUGCUACAUUAGAGGUGGGGACAGUGGCUGCUGGGUGAGAGGUGGGGACAGUGGCUGCAGGUGGAUGGCACGGGCUGCUGUGUGAGAGGUGGAAAUGGGAUACAGGGUAUGAGAGGGAGGGCAGUGACUGCUGGGUGAGAGGUGGAGAGGGGGAGUCUUGGUGGAAGUGCUGGGUGGCGGGACAGAAGCUUCUGGGUUUGAGGAUUAAAUAAAUGAUGCAGGGUAUGAGAGGGGGAGACAGGGGAUGCAGAGUAUAAAAGGUGGAUGCUGGAUAUGAGAGGGGACAUGGGGCUGCAAGCUGAGAAGGGAAGACGGGUGCUGGGUGGGGGGGACAGAGGUUGCUGGGUGGGAGGGGGAGACAGGGGCUGCAGCAUAUGAGAGGAGACAUGUUGCUGCAGGAUAAGAGUGGGACAGGGGCUGCAGUGUUAGAGAGAGGCAGGGGCUGCAGGGUGAGAGGAGAAGACAGGCGCUGCAGGGUGAGAGAGGAAGACGGGCUGCAGGGUGUGAGAGGGGACGUGGGGCUUCUUGGUGAGAGGGGAGCGGGGCUGCAAGGUGUAAGAGAGGGAGAGGCUGGGACUUCUGGAUGAGAAAGGGAGACAUGGGGCAAAACCAACUUACAUACUCCCCCAUCCCUCAUCCUUACCUUGAUCCUUGGCAGGAGAAGAUGCUGGGGAGGAAUUAUUUUCCCUGGUGGUCCAGUGGAAGAAGCGUCUAGUCUACACCCCUUGACAGGUGUAGACCAUGUGCACAGGGCUUGCUCUGUGCAUCAGUGUGCAGGCUGGUGAAAGAGAUCUUUGAUCUCCCCACUGCAGAAAGCUCCCUCUAUGGGCCGGAGUUCAGGCAGCACCAGCCCUACAGGGGCCGGCCUGGGUGAUCGUUUAAUCUCCCGUCACCCCCAGCCCAUGGCCAUCGCGGCACACCGGGCAUUUGGGCAUGGCCAGUCCGGGCCUGUUUAUUAGCAUUCAGUGGUAUAUAAGGCUAAAUUAGAACUUUCUAACUUCUCAUUAUCAACGCUAUUUUAUGAUCCUAAUAAACCCAGAACUGUGCGUUAGUAGGUCCACAACACUCUCCAACAUCUACCUUUUAGAUGAAAAUAACUCAUCUCCUUUACAUAUAGAGGUCUGAAUGGAGGUGUGGUCUGGGGGCUGGACUGUUCUGAGAAAGUUUAGUAAUAACAAACAGCUAAAAUGUAAUUUAGAGCAGGAAGAAUUUAUCUUCUUACACAGACUGAUUUAAUGUACGGUAGUUGAAAGACACAUUACUCUGAGUAGUAUUUCUCUGGAGCUCUGCUACCACACACCAAAUAUGGAGCUCCUUGAGAAGAGGUACAUUAGGAUAUAAAAUAGGGACAGAGGGAUUUGGGGUUAAAAUAGGGGCUGCCCCUCCUAAAUAGGGACACUUGAUAAAUAUGAUUCUAUACUGCUGGACAUACAUUUAUUAUAUACAUUUUCCUCCUGUAAAUAUCACUCAUAGCUCAUUGAGCAGGGCCCUCCACCUCUCUGUUCCUGUACGUCCAGUUGUCUGGUUACAAUUGAUAGUCUGUUAGUCCACCCUUUGUACAGCGCUACGGAAUCUGAUGGCGCUAUAUAAAUAAUAAAAUAAUAAUAAUAUAUACGUUCCCAACACAGUCAUUAUGGGCACACACACACACACUCUCUUUCUCUCUCUCCUCACAGACGAAAGAUUAAAAUAAUAUUUUCUUGUGCCAUGUGUUUUUCCUAAUGACUAUGUAGACUUUGGAAUUAAGAGUUUGUUUAGAGAGAAAUGUUUUUAGUUUUUUUUUUUUUAGCUUCUUUUAUUUGGCAAAGUUCAAAAUCUAGAAUUAAAGAGUAGAAAAUAAAUACACAACACUAGAUUGGACUGUCUGUCAUCUGUGUUGUUAGUAACAAUAUUUAUUUUCUGACACUAUAGGCACCCAGAGGUUUUAGUGCCACGUCCCUGACUGCUUAACCUUGCAGUGUGAAACAUUUCUAUACUAUAGAAACACCAAUGCUUGCAUUGUAGUGUGUAAAUGCUCUUCCUCAAACAAUUAAAAAAUUGUCUGAAAUUUCUGAAAUCAUUUGAUUGGCACAGCAUUUUGCUGCACAUGUGCACUGGUCUCCCAAUGGUUUUAAAUGGGAAAUUAUUGGUUUGGCUGAUAUCCUCAAGGAUUCUUUGAGAGUACGUUGUCUGGGUGCCUAUAAUGUCCCUUUAAAUGCUGAUAUAGCGUGUUUCACUUUUAUACUUGGAGGACUCUACACUGUAUACAAUUGCAAGCUUAUAUAAGUAACGUUCUUAAUGCAAUUACCCAAGAAAGGUUUUACCAUUCAAAAGGGUGACCUUUGUAACUCCCAUAGCCAUUCACUUCGCUGCCCAAAGUGCCCCAAGAAGGUUUAGAAGCACUGUUAUAUACCAUACAUUAUUAUUGUAACUGUGAAUAAAUGGUUAACUUAUGUGCAGCACACUCUGGCCUGCCAUGUGCUGUGGACUUUGAAGUGGUUAUUCUAGUUUUUAAAUUCUCACUCUGCUGUCACCUGAUGAGUGCAAGCAAAAAUAGGUCAAACCGCAGCUGCUAAAUUCAAUGAUAAAUAUUUGUUUACUACUUCCCAUAAAUAAGUUACUGCGGAUAACGUUUUAACGUUUGUACAAAGAUUUACAUGUAUUUUGCCAGGUUAAUCAUUAAUGCUGGGUGCUAUCUCAGCAGACAGUGUUUUUAUGAAAUAGUGACUAAAUCUAGUCAUCUGGUCUGAUUGCCUGACGCAGAGCAGGGAGGCGUUUAUAUUCUCUGGGCAAGUUACAUGCGUAUGUUUGUGGACAGAAUUUCUUUGCAGCGAGUGAGAUAACGAAAGCAGUGCGCAGGGGAUUAUUUGUUAUUACAUUAUGUCCAAAUCACUCAGUUUGCAAGAAAUACUGGGUAAUUUACUAAAAAAAAAAAAUUUUUAGAAUUCCAAGGAAAACCUACUUACUGUCUAAAGACGUACUUAAGAUAAAAAGACAAAGCUAUAAUUCAAAAAUAUAAUAAUUUUGUAGUUUUCAAGCUCAGUUUACCUAUCACGUAUUUUCUUGCAAGAGUUGCAGCUUCUGUUUGUUAACUUGUCAGAUAAAAGGCAAAGUUCCAAACUAGUUUACACAGCAAGUUUAUCCCCUUUCCUGACAAUUUAGUGGCUUCCUGGAUUAACAACUCCCUUGAUUCCCUUCCCUUUAAAUAAUUAUUGAAGGGCUGAAUACAAAAGUAUAUUUACAGGUUUAAAGAUAACCUGUUACUCGAUUACCUGAAUGAAAGAUUAUUUUGGAAACCAGCCUGCAAAGAAAAGGCUGCCAGAGAAAUCAUUAAUAUUGUUCUGCCAAAUAUGACCCCAGGACAGUGCAUGGAAUAAUCUACUUCACAUUGGGUACAAGCCUUAUGAUUAAUUAAAGGGAUAUUCCAAGGCGGAAUAACCAUCUAUCAUUCAGUAGAGAGAUAUAAAACAGCAUAUGCAUGAAUGGUAUACUAAAGGGACACUAUAGUCACCAGAACAACUACAGCUUAUUGAAUUUGUUCUGGUGAGUGAAAUCAUUACCUUCAGGCUUUUUGCUGUAAACACUGUCUUUUCAGAGAAAAUGCAGUGUUUACAUUACAGCCUAGUGAUAUCUUCACUGGCCACUCAUUAGAUAGCUGUUAGAGAUCCUUCCUGGGUCAUGGCUGCCAAAAAUGCAUCCAAACAUUCAGUAUCUCCUCCCUCUGCAUGCAGACACUGAACUUUCCUCAUAGAGAUGCAUUGAUUCAAUUAAUCUCUAUGAGGAGAUGCUGAUUGGCCAGGGCUGUGUUUGACUUGUGCUGGCUCUGCCCCUGGUCUGCCUCUUUGUCAGUCUCAGCCAAUCCUAUAGGGAAGCAUUGUGAUUGGAUCAGGCUACCACUUCUGCUUAUGUCUGCAGGCAGUGGGCAGGUCAAAAGGAAACAGGAACAAAGUAAGCAGCUCCAGACUUGAAUACAAGUUAGAUUUACUAUAUUUAGGGAGGCAUGAGGGGCCCAGGGAGGCUAGAUGGUGGUUUUAACCCUAUAGGCUCAGGAAUACAUGUUUGUGUUCCUGACCAUAUAGUGCUCCUUAAUAAUGAUAAUAGAUGUUCUUAUUUUGAAACAUAUGAGAUAUUUCAAUGAUCCUUCAAACUGAACAAAAAACUGACUGGGAUCACUGAGCAAAUCCCUGGUCUCCAAUAGCAAUGGGAUAAUUACUGAUAUUAAUCUAUGGUAUAUGCUGUGGAGGCCCAGUAAUUUGUCAUAUUAAUUCAUAGCAGCCAUACAAAUCAACUGUCUUGCGUCUGACAGGACAGUCAUGAUUUUGGGCCCUGUAAAAUUCUGCUGGGUGAAUUUUUUCUGAGGAUACAAGAGUAAAUUCACUAUAAAAUUAAACAGUACCAUGCUCAUGGCUGUGCUAAUUGGAGGUUUAGCUCAGUUUUAUAGUUUUAUAUAUGUUUUAUAGUCACAUAUUUGCAUAUGUUAAAUUAUAUCACAAUUAAUUAUUCUUUUUUUAUAUUUUUGUUUUUAUAGAUUUUGCUAUGUUUGUAUUAAAGCCAGCUUGAGGGCAAGCACAUAUUCAUGCCCAUACUGCCGGACUCAGCUUGUUUCAGAAGGAACACCUGCAGUUGAUAUAAUUAAGAAGAUGAAAACUGUAUUUCAAAACUGUGAGGAGUGUGAUAAAAUGGUAAGGAGAUGAAAAAAUUAUGUAAACAUAUAAAUGGUUUGUUGACUAGAUAUUCAAUAAGAAGUGAGAAUAGUAUAUAUGGCUAAAUCAGGGCAAGAGUUUGCCAUUUAAACUUUAUCCUCUAAACACUACAAAAUAGCAAAUUUAAAACAACAUUGCAAAAUAUAGGUAACAAAAGUAAAAUUUGAAGAAAAAAUUCUUAGCUUUGCUAUUUCCUAAAUGUUACAAUUUAUUUUUAAUUGACACAACAUGCUGUUUAGUGAAUAAACGUUCAGUUGCAAUAAAAGCACCAUUAUAUAAAUCUGAAAAGAAGUCUUGUCAUGGCACUUGUUUAUUGAAAAAAAUUAAAGGGACACUAUAGUCACCUGAACAACUUCAGCUUUAUGAGGUUGUUCAAGUGAGAACUAUAGCUCCCUGCAGCCUUUUUCAUGUAAACACUGUAUUUUUUCUGAGAAAAUACAGUGUUUACAUUGAAAGCUAGGAAAGCUAGGAACACCUCCAGUUGCAGUCACUCAGAGUGAACCAGAGGAACUUCGGAGGGACUUCGGAGUUGAUGGAGGCAUAAUAUGCCUCCAUCCACUCAGAUCUGCUGUCAGCAAAGCACCGGGCAGCACUGUGCACAGCAUCAUGUGAUUCAGUAUCUCCUCCCUCUGCAUGCAGACACUGAACCUUCCUCAUAGAGAUUCAUUGAUUCAAUUCAUCUAUAUGAGGAGAUGCUGAUUGGCCAGGGCUGUGUUUGAAUCAUGCAAUCCUAUGGGUAAGCACUGUGAUUGGAUCAGGCUACCACAUGUCAGCAGACUGCUUGUUUUUCUGAGUCUAACAGCAUUCAGAUUUAUAGCUUCAGGCUUGAAUACAGUAAGAUUUUUACAAUAUUUAUGGAGGCAUGAGGGGCCCAGGGGGGCUAGAUGGUGGUUUUAACACUACAGGGUCAGGAAUACAUGUUUGUGUUCCUGACCCUAUAGUGAUCUUUUAAAAUAUUGGACAUGUGUCACUUACAAAAACAUUGCUGUUUUUGCAAAUCCCUUUGAAUUGCUGACUCUCAGAGUUGAGGGAAGCUGUGUUCAAUUCACAAAUGACAAUGUCACGAUAUUUUUAAAAAGUUUUUGUAAAAAACACAGUGUAUGGGUGCCAGGAGUGGUCUGACACCUAAGCACCUAAGUAGUGAAAGUAGACAAACUGUUUGAUAAUGUUUUGACUUCUUACCUGGGGUCCAUCUAGCAUUGGUCCCUUCUACUCACCUUUCCAGAAUGGAGAGCUGGAAUCAAUCUCUCAGGCAGAAAGCUUAAAUAUGCAGAGAGGCAGGGAGGAAACCCCAGAUGAGAAUUCAAACCAUUACAUAGAGGGGAAGACACCAAUGCACUCCUAGCACCAUAACCAGUGCAGAACAUUGUAGUGGUUAUGGUGCUUGGGGUGUUCCUUUAACAUUGUACUUUUUUAUUUCCAAAAUCUCAGUUUUGUAAAAUGGUACGUUUUUUACUGUAAGUUAUUUCAGUCAAAAUUACCAAAAUCCUUGUAAUCUGAGCACGGCAAAGCUUGAUGCUACAUUUUAGCUAGAUAUCAGAAUAUUAUGGUAUUAACAUAUGUUUGUAUGAAUUAAAUAUUGAAUUAUUUAAAAAGGGAAUAGUAUUAUGUAUGUUGGAAAAUUUACAUUGUUUUACUUUAUUUUAUAGGUUUGCUUGAGUGACAUGAGAGCACAUUUAAAUAUAUGUGAGCCAUACAUAAUGAAAUACGGCCCCCUCGAGGAUAUCGAGAAAAAGCAAUACAAGUAUGAGUACAGUCUCUCUGCUUGUUCUAUUUUAAAAUGUGUAUAAGGAUUUUCAUACAUUAACUUGCAAAGAAAUAUCAAAUUCGUGAUAAGUUUGGGAUAUGUAUUUAGUCAGCUUGCAAAGUGUAGCACAGCUCAUCCACAAUUAAUACAAUUUGCAAUUAGUCUUGUGUCCAUUGUGAAGUUGGCUUCUCAAUUUCUCCUUCUUGUAAAAUCUAGAAUAAUUAUUAUUCCACUGCCCAAAUAUAUCUGCGGUGUGAUAUAAGAUGGAAAAUUAUUUGAAUUAGCAGCUGGACGGACAUUGAAGUUGCCUCUCACUUAACUUAAAAGAUUAAUUACUAUUCUAUUUUACUUUUAUAAUAAGAGUCUAAUAUAAUAUAGAACACUACUCAUUUCCAACACUUCAAUAAUAACAUCAGAUGUUCAAAAAUAAUGGAAAAUAUCAAAAUCUGAUUUGACAUAACAUUUGUUUUGUACUUCCCUGUAAAUCCAAAGUUUACAAAACCAGUCAUUUUUUUUCAUGUUUUAAAGCCUGUCAUUCAUAAAUGGCAGUACGUCACAUUAGGAGAAUGACAUGUAAUCUAUAGAUUGUUAUAGCGAAACUGUUAGCAAAUAUGUAGAUUCAAAAUUAUUUAAUUUGAAUUAUAAAUAGAGCUGCCACAGCAGACAUGGGGCAUCCAUCCACCCACCCGAAAAUCCUGUACGAUGCAUCCCACAAACUGUUCUGUUGUGGCAUCAAUAAUAGAUGUAGAAGCAAAAUUUAAGUAAACAUAUUUUGCAGUCUGUACAUUUGGCUGAUUAUUUUAAUACCUUGUACUAUUCAAGAUGUUAUACCUGCCUGAAUAUUACCUUGCCAUCUGUAUUAUACCCUAUUGUUCAGAUGACAGGUAGUCUUUGAAGAUGUUAUUGAAAGGAUAGAAUUUUGUAUUUUCAAAGAAAUUAUUGUCCUCUCAAACCAUUAAGCCAAAUAGUAAAUCUGUCUGUCUAUUUUAGAGAUGAUGUGUAUCCAUGUCCGUUUUGUCACGUGGAGCUAGAUGUAGAUGGCCUUGUAGAACACUGCUUUACUAACCACGGCCGAGAAACCACACCAGUGGCAAGUACCUUCUGCUGCAUCAUGCCUUUUACUGAUAAUCCACAAAUAACUGUGUUUGGUGAUAGGUUAUCAGUGGGAGUUUUUGAAAGCUAUAUCUAUAAUUAUUCCCAGUGUUGAACACUUCUGUUUGCAUGGACAGUGUUAACAUUCAACUGCAUGCAUGCUAAAUCCUUUGAGGUUGCAUGAUUAGUAAUAUCACUAAUAACCUCUAUACUUUCAUUCACAAUGCCUCUGGGCAUAUUUGUUAACUGAUACACUGUCAUAAUGGAUCCUUUGUCUCUUCAGUGUAACCCAAAAAUGAGUAUAGUUGUUAGCUGAAAAAGAAAAUUGUCAUCCUUGUCCCGUGACAGAAUCCUACGUGACGAUGACUGUUUAUUGCUCUGAAUAAAAGGGUACUCAUUAACCCAUAUUAUAAAAUCGAAGGCAACAAAUAAUAUAACAUUGAAAUAAACAUUCCUAAACUUUUAAGGAACAGCAAUCAUCUCAAUGUCAUUUUUGUGGUUAAACACUUUUCGUUCUCUCUCUAUAUAUAUAUAUAUAUGUAUCUAAUCUAUCUAUCUCACUCUUUAGUGCCUUUUUACUAUAUAAUAUGUAAUUAUUAUAUAGUUGCAUCGUUAAAUAACACAUAAAUAAACCUUUUUUACCUAGUUAAUUUAAGCACACUUCCGAAGUGUCACAGUUUCUGAGGAACAGUCUUAAUUUGCCUGGUUUGUCUCUUGUUUGUCUUGAGACACCAGAGACAAGACCCUAAUAUAUGAACACAUAAUUAUACUCUUUCUUUCCGGGCAAAUGUAAGUCAGAGCAUCCAGCCCAUACAAAAGAGCUGCAGCAGUGCAUUGUGGGCUGUCCUGAGUUGGGCUUCUCUAACUCCAAGUUGCUGGUCAGUCUGUCAUGCAUGGUUCAUUCUCACGUAGGUCCAUCCCAUCUCUUUAAGUGUCUCUGGCUCACCUCAUCCCACAUUCAUAUCUCCCAAUAUUGGGAGGAAUUAUUUACGUUAAAACUUGCUUUUGGUGGUUUGAGGUCGUUUUUAAACAUAUUGUAAAAGAAAAAAUGAACGAUUUUUUAAACAUAAUUGAGGUCAGUUAUGUACACUAUGUAUCUGGGGUAUCUCCUACUUCAUGUAUACAGACAUACAAUUCUAAUUCAUGUUUUGCUGUGAGAUCUACUAAUUCAAUAACUAGAUUAUUAUUUGCAAUAUUUCAGGCGUGUCCGAUUUGUCACCUGAUGCCAGGAGGAGAUAUAAGCUACAGGAGGAGCUUUCUGAAGCAUCUCCAUAACAGGCACGCUACAUACUAUGAAAACUACAUAGUGAGUACACUUCAUAAUGUUUGUGUAUCUUAUUUUUAUGAAUAGUUAUGUUAUAAUCCCUGUCUCGGGAUGUUAUCCAUCACAGGCGUGUAUUGGCUGUGGUGGACAACAUCCUGACAUAGGGAUUAUACAGUCUCCGUUGUUGUUAGAGCUCUCAGUGGCUCUAUAAAGUGUGAGUGUGUCUUCAGCAUUUAUUAGUCAGUGUUUGUUUUUGCCAUGUUUUCUGUUUGUUUUUACCUUUAAGCAAAGUGACACUCUGUAUAUGGAGAAAUCUAUAUCCUAUAUUUUUUUUAUAUAUAUAUAUAUAUAUAUAUAUAUAUAUUUUUUUUUUUUUUUUUGCUGUGCAUAUCAUCAUUACAUAUACGCUUGUCAUGCCCCAAAAGCAAUUGACGAGCAGAGAGCAUACCAUGCAUUUAAACAUAUUUGGGACAUUCAGAUAAUACAUGCACUUUUUAUGGGGUUAGUAUAACAAGAGUUAAAGGACUGCCAGGAAAACAUACUUGUUUUCCUGGCACUAUAGUGCCCUGAGGGUGCCCCCACCCUCAGGGACCCCCUCCCGUCUGGCUCUGUAAAGGGGAAAAGGGGUAAAACUUACCUUUUUCCUGCGCUUGGCGGGGAGCUGGGCGGGGAGCUGUGCGCGCAUUCAGCCGGUCACAUAGGAAAGCAUUUACAAUGCUUUCCUAUGGACGCUUGCGUGCUCUCACUGUGAUUUUCACAGUGAGAAGCACGCAAGCGCCUCUAGCGGCUGUCAAUGAGACAGCUACUAGAGGCUUUGGGGGAAGGCUUAACCCAUUCAUAAACAUAGCAGUUUCUCUGUUGUUAACCCUAGCUGGACCUGGCACCCAGACCACUUCAUUAAGCAGAAGUGGUCUGGGUGCCUAGAGUGGUCCUUUAACCAUUGCUAGUUAAGAUGAGUAACAGUCUGCCCAUAACUAUAGUGUGAAAUUAUUAGAGUAUUACUGAGGCAUCAUUUGUAUCAAAACAAUUGGUACAAAAACAGUGUAUUAAUUGUUAUAACAAGCUAGUGCGUUAUGAUUAUUUAAUUGCUGAGUGUUGAAAUGCAAGCUAAUCUAUUGUUCAUUAGAAAGGGUUUAAAUACGCUGAAAUCUAGUAGCGAGGGUCUGCGAUGUAUAUGCCUCUGAGACCCUUAUACCCCACGGUGCUAAUAGUAAAACCUGUGAGGGCAGUUAAAUACGUUAGGCGAUGUCAGGGCUCUUGCUAGAAAUAAAAAUAAAUGUUGAAGCGUUUUUAGAGAGUACGUUAGAGAGAGUACAUUAAACAGGCCCAGGAGUCCUUGGAACGCAUCCUUUCGGGCUUAGGCAUCACUGAGUUUCGGAUAAUCCUUCGGGUUAGCAGGCUGUUGGCGUCUGGUGUGCAAGCCAUCUCAUUUGCACAUUCCUCAUGUAUGUCAACACAAACUAUAGCUAAUAGCAUUUAUAUAUAGUUACAUCAUUCAUAAAACAACAAAAGUAUUUUUUUUAACAUAAAUGCCCUCUCUACUCUGUAAAUUAUAUAAUAAAUAAAUUAGGAAGUCUGAUCUCUAUCAAGCACACCGCAUACACUUGAUUAAUUGGCAUAGCGUGCAUCCGUGGGAAUGUAGUUGGGGUAAUAUACAAAGUGAUUGGAUAACAUUUCUCUUAGUCCUGAGCUUAUCAUUUUAGCCUGGGACUAUGUAUUUCCCUUUGUAUUCUGUCCCAAUAUUUAAAUGCAAUUUUGCUACAAAAAGCCCUUAUCCUUAGGUUGCGAAGGCAGUGAUGUUUGCCCACCUUUCAGCAGUGGCAGAUCAAGCUUGAGCAGAUAUACAGCAUGUAGGCAUAAACGGCCACCUUAUGUGAUCAUUCAAAUAAAUGCACCAACUUAUGGCUGCCUUGUCAUAAUUAAAUGUCCAUAGGUAGAUAUUAGUUGCUUGCUUAUUUGAGAAUAUUCUGGCAAUGAUAUUUUUCUGUAACAGUCACAAAUAAUAAAGAUUGUUUCAUUUUUUUUAAAUACAGCAUAUAUACAUGCAUUGUUAAAUAAUGCAUUGCCAAUAAUUUUAAUAGUAAUCACAGUGUACCGAUAGAACAAUUGUACAGAAGGUUUACAGAGUGGAAUGGACACAAUCAGAAUGAAAACAGGUCAGGAUCAUGGUUGUUAGAUAUAUCCACAUCCAAUAUUAAAGGGUUACUUCAACCACCAUAGCCAGUUUUGCUUUUUGAAGUGGUCAUGGUAGUAGCAAUCUGUAUGUGCAGCAUUUCAGCAUAUGGUCAUGGUAGUAGCCAUCUGUAUGCCCAGCAUUUAAGCACAUGUUCUGGACUGCCCAUGGUCAAUUUUGUAAAAAAAUUAUAUCCGUUGUCAACACGCUAGCAGCGAAUGUAAUUAGAUUCUUCACUUGCAGGCGUGCUGUGAGCGUACCUACAAGUAAAAGCUCAACUUCUCUCCAACCUUGUCCACCACUCUUUGUACAUUCCCCUUCCUUCCCUCUUCAGCGAUUGGAAAUAGGACAGGCUGUCACUCAACUCAUCUGAUGGUUUAUGCAUGCAAAUUGUAGUAUUCAGUGGUCCAACAAUGCUUCUGGGAGAAGCGUUUCAUUGGACCAUGAAUGUAAAGAAGACGGUGUGACAUCAGAGGAGACAGGGACACGACCGUGGAGGACUUGGUUCAGAGCUCUAUUCCUGCUAAAUUUCAAACCUUUUAGUUCUGGUUUUUUUUUGGGGAGGGGUUUUUUAAAGGGGGACUUGAAGUAAAGUGCCCAAUAGGGCACAUAUAGUUAAAAUUAAAUCUUAAAGGAAAUAGGGUUGGAGUACCCUUUACCAUAAUAAUUUAAGUAAUGUAGAACACAAAUUAAAUAUUCUGUAGGAGUCUGAACUCCAAAACUAAUAUAUCAGUGAAAAUCAUUGCUUGCCUUUUAGCUAUACGCUCAGAUAAAAAGGUAUUGUCUUUAACUCUCUUUAGGAAGGAUUCACAGAUUCAUCAUGUACCCUUGAUUGCUAACAUGAUAUUGUUUGUAUUUUAGGAUAUAGAUGUAGUGGAGGACAUUGUUGUUGAAAGAGUCAUUGAUAUCUCUCUGAUACACUGGAUGAGGCCUUCACAAAGAACCUAA